AUGGCAUUGAGGGACGUGUCUGUGGAAGCUCCCAGAAUAUCUGGGCCUCCCAUUUUGUGCCACUCCAAAGUCACCCAGUCCCCGCACCUGCACCCCAGCCUGGAAGCUGGACCCAAGCUCAUCCAGCAUCCCAUGGGCUGUGCAUCCUUCCUCCAGCCGCCGCCCUUCCAGAUCUGCGCUGCUACUUUCCUCCCCCAGAUGGCAAGAAUUCCGUUGAGAAAAUGCACUACCGUUGAGGUUGCACUCACUUGUACUCUGCUCGCAGUGCUUAUCGUCAUAAUUCCUGUAACUGUGGUUUUAGUCAGGAAUGGUUCUGUAUCUCAACCAACAGUUCCUGAUGUUACUGAAUGUGCAGCAAUAAAAAGAGAAGAUCGGAUCAGCUGCAUCCUUGACCAGACACCCACAGAGGCCAUCUGUAUACAGCGUGGUUGUUGCUGGGUCCCUGGAGGGGACAUCAAAAUUCCUUGGUGCUACUAUUCUAAGAAUCAUGGCUAUCAAAUGGAGGGUCCCGUGAAAGACACAAAUGCAGGCUUCACUGCACAGUUUCGAAGCUUGCCAGUUCCAUCUGCCUAUGGAAACAGCAUCAGGAACGUUCUCCUUACAGCAGAAAAUCAGACCUCUCGCCGCUUCCACUUCAAGUUGACAGAUGCACACAAGAAAAGAUUUGAAGUGCCUCAUGAAAAUGUGAAGCCCUUCCAAGGAAACGCCGCUUCUAACUUGCUCUAUGAUGUGAAAGUCUCCCAGAACUCUUUUGGCAUCCAAGUGAUCAGAAAGAGCAAUGGACGUGUUCUGUUGGACUCCAGCAUCGGGCCGCUCAUAUUUGCUGACCAGUUCCUGCAGAUCUCUAUGCGACUGCCCAGUGCCAAUGUGUAUGGCCUGGGGGAACACGUGCACCAGCAGUACAGGCAUGAUAUGAAUUGGAAGACCUGGACUCUGUUUUCCAGAGACAGAGUCCCCAAUAGGGAUAGAACUAACCUGUACGGUGUGCAGACAUUCUUCUUGUGCCUAGAAGAUGCAAGUGGAUCCUCCUUUGGCGUGUUUCUGAUGAACAGCAAUGCCAUGGAGGUUUCUCUCCAGCCUGCCCCAGCCAUCACUUACCGAACCAUUGGGGGCAUUCUUGACUUCUAUGUCUUCCUGGGGGACACUCCAGAGCAAGUUGUUCAAGAGUAUCUAGAGCUCAUUGGACGGCCAGUCCUUCCCACCUACUGGUCACUUGGAUUUCAUCUCAGCCGUUAUGAUUAUGGAUCCAUAGAUAACAUGAAAAAAGUCGUGACGAGAAACCGGGAUGCCCAUAUUCCUUAUGACGUGCAACACGCUGAUAUUGACUAUAUGGAUCAAAAGAAGGACUUCACUUACAAUCCAGUACAAUACAAGGACUUCCCUAGUUUUGCUAAGGAGUUGCACAAUAAUGGGCAGAAAUUGGUCAUCAUUGUGGAUCCAGCCAUCUCUAACAACUCUUCUCAGACUAAUCCCUAUGGACCAUAUAACAGGGGCUCAAAUAUGAAGGUGUGGGUGCAAACCCCUGAUGGAACUCCUAUUGUCGGAGAGGUCUGGCCUGGAAAAACUGUGUUUCCUGAUUAUACCAACCCUCAGUGUGCUGCUUGGUGGGCAGAUGAAUUUGAGCGUUUCUUUAAAGAAGUGGAGUAUGAUGGAAUCUGGAUUGAUAUGAAUGAAGUCGCCAACUUUGUGCAUGGUUCAGUUACAGGAUGUUCCAGAAACAAUCUAAAUUAUCCCCCAUUCACUCCCAGAAUCCUGGAUGGCUUCUUGUUCAGCAAUACUCUCUGCUUAGAUGCGGUCCAGCACUGGGGCAAGCAGUAUGAUGUCCACAGCCUGUACGGCUACUCCAUGGCAAUUGCCACAGCAGAAGCUGCCAAGAGACUGUACCCUGGAAAGAGGAGCUUUAUACUAACCCGCUCUACCUUUGCGGGAUCUGGCAAGUUUGCAGGCCAUUGGUUAGGAGACAAUGCAGCUACCUGGGAUGAUCUCCGGUGGUCCAUUGCUGGCAUGCUUGAGUUCAACCUUUUUGGUAUUCCAAUGGUAGGGGCUGACAUCUGUGGCUUCUUAAUGAACACCACUGAGGAGCUCUGCACACGCUGGAUGCAGCUGGGAGCCUUUUAUCCAUUUUCCAGAAAUCACAACAGCAAAGAUCUCAUGGACCAGGAUCCCGCCUUCUUUGGAGAAAAUUCUGUACUGGUGAAAUCCUCCAGGAAGUACCUGAAUAUUCGCUACACCCUACUGCCCUACCUCUACACCCUCUUCUAUCGCGCCCACACCAGGGGAGACACCGUGGCGAGGCCCCUUGUGCAUGAGUUCUAUACUGACAACAGCACGUGGGAUGUGCACCAACAGUUCUUAUGGGGUCCUGGCCUCCUCAUCACACCCGUGCUGCACCAGGGUGAAGAAAAAGUGGAGGCAUAUAUACCGGAUGCUAUUUGGUAUGAUUAUGAGACCGGGGCCCAACUGUACAGGAGGAAGGAAAGAGAGACCAUGAUGCUUCCUAAAGACAAAAUCGGACUUCACCUCCGAGGAGGCUACAUCUUCCCCAUCCAGCAGCCAGCAACAACCACAGUGGCCAGCCGGAAGAACCCUCUUGGUCUUCUUAUUGCCCUCGAUGAGAAGAGAGAAGCAAAAGGGGAACUGUUCUGGGAUGAUGGAGAAUCGACAGGUACUUUGACCCAAGACAAACAUAUCUUCUAUGAGUUUUCUAUCACCCAAAACCGCUUGGAAUUGAAGACUUCGCCUUCAACCUACAAAGAUCCUAAUAAUUUAGAAUUUCAAAACAUUACAAUACUCGGUAGCCCACCUGUUUUGAACUUAACAGUGAAACACAAUGGUGCUCCAAUUCAAAUGUCUCCCAACGUCACUUAUGACAAGAUGCUACAGAUCACUUACAUCACAAAACUUAAACUUACCCUGGGAGAAGCAUAUACCUUGGAAUGGGACUCUACAAAGAAUGAAGAUAAAAUAGACUGUUAUCCUGACCAGGAUGGUGGCACCAAGGAGAAAUGCAAUAAACGUGGUUGUGUCUGGGAGAAAACCAAUGCUGAGCGAGUCCCAUACUGCUAUUUUUAUGAGAGUUUAUACUCUGUCAACCAUACUAUGAAUGAACCAAAUGGGGUUAAAGUUUGGCUUUCCCUAAAGCCCCAGGCUCCUGCCAGCGCUUUCCCAUCAACACCUGUGAAAGAGCUCCUUCUGAGUGUCACCUACCACAAGAAUGAGAUGCUGCAGUUUAAGAUUUCUGAUCCCAACAACAAACGCUAUGAAGUCCCAGUUCCUCUCAACUUACCCAAAACUCCAUCCAGCACCCCUAAAGAUAGACUCUACAAUGUCAAUAUUACAGAAGAUCCAUUUGGGAUUCUAAUUAUUCGGAAGAGCACAGACACCAUCAUAUGGGACUCGCGGGUCCUGGGCUUCACUUUCAAUGACAUGUUCAUUCGCAUCUCCACGCGCCUCCCCUCCACCUACCUCUAUGGCUUUGGGGAGAACGAGCACACAUCUUUCCGAAGAGACCUGGACUGGCGCACCUGGGGCAUGUUUUCCCGAGACGAACCCCCUGGGUACCUGAAGAAUUCUUAUGGUGUGCAUCCCUACUACAUGGCCAUGGAGGAGGAUGGCAAUGCCCACGGGGUGCUCCUGCUGAACAGCAAUGCCAUGGAUGUGACAUUCCAGCCCAUGCCUGCCGUAACAUAUCGCACCAUAGGGGGAAUUCUGGACUUUUAUGUGGUCUUGGGGCCCACUCCAGAAAAGGUCACUCAGCAAUACACGGAGCUAAUUGGUCGGCCAGUGAUGGUUCCUUACUGGUCCCUGGGAUUCCAGCUGUGCCGUUAUGGAUACCAGAAUGAUAAAGAGAUUGCUAAUUUGUAUCGUGAAAUGAAGGAUGCCAAAAUACCCUAUGAUGUGCAAUACUCUGACAUUGACUACAUGGAGCGACAGCUGGACUUCACCCUCAGCCCCAACUUUACGGGCUUUCCACAGCUGAUCGAUAUCAUGAAGAAGGAGGGGAUGCGAAUCAUCCUCAUUCUGGAUCCAGCCAUUUCUGGCAAUGAGACUCAGCCCUAUCCUGCAUAUGAACAGGGGAUAAAGGAUGAUGUUUUCAUCAAGGAUCCAAGUGAUGGAAGCAUUGUCUGGGGAAAGGUCUGGCCUGAUUUACCCGGUGUUGUUAUAAACAGUUCUCUAGACUGGGAAACUCAAGUGAAGCUGUAUCGAGCUCAUGCAGCUUUCCCAGAUUUUUUCCGAACUUCAACUAUAAAAUGGUGGAAGAAUGAGUUGAAAGAAUUACACACCAAUACGUGGAAACCCCAAAAUAGCUUGAAGUAUGAUGGCAUAUGGAUUGAUAUGAAUGAACCGUCGAGCUUUGUGAAUGGGGCAGUUGAAGGCUGCAAAAACUCCUCUCUGAACAGACCUCCCUAUAUGCCACAUCUGGAAUCCAGGGACAAAGGUCUGAGCAGCAAGACCCUGUGCAUGGAGAGUGAGCAGAUCCUGGCAGAUGGCACCAAAGUGCAACACUACAAUGUGCAUAACCUGUACGGGUGGUCCCAGACCAGACCGACAUACGAGGGUGUGCAGGAGGUGACUAAAGAGCGAGGCAUUGUCAUCACCCGCUCCACGUACCCGUCUUCCGGUCGCUGGGCAGGACACUGGCUGGGAGACAACACUUCUGGCUGGGACCAGCUGAAGAAAUCUAUCAUUGGCAUGAUGGAGUUCAGCCUCUUCGGCAUAUCCUAUACAGGAGCAGAUAUUUGUGGGUUCUUCCAAGAUGCUGUAUAUGAGAUGUGCGCUCGCUGGAUGCAACUGGGGGCCUUUUACCCCUUCUCGAGGAACCAUAACACCAUUGGGACCAGGAGGCAAGACCCUGUGUCUUGGGAUAAAGACUUUGAGGAUCUCUCCAGAAGUGUCCUGAAUACCAGAUACACCUUGUUGCCGUAUCUCUAUACCCUGAUGUACGAGGCCAACACAGAGGGCAGUACUGUUGUGCGACCUCUACUCCAUGAGUUUGUGUCAGAUAAGACCACUUGGGACAUAGACAGUCAGUUCUUGCUGGGUCCAGCUCUCCUGGUCAGCCCUGUCCUGGAACCUAAUACCAGAACUGUCGAUGCAUAUUUUCCCGAUGCCCGCUGGUAUGAUUACUACACAGGUGAGGACAUUCAAGCAAGGGGUGUAAUGAAGAACUUGCCAGCCCCUCUCAACCACAUUAAUCUGCAUGUCCGUGGAGGCUACAUUCUGCCCUGGCAAGAGCCUGCACAAAACACACACCUCAGUCGGCACAACCCGUUGGGACUCAUUAUUGCCUUGGACCAUAAGAGAGAAGCGAAAGGGGAACUCUACUGGGAUGACGGCGAAUCUAAAGAUGCUGUAACCAAUAAGCGUUAUAUUCUGUAUGAGUUUUCUGUCACUUCUAACCAUCUACAAGCAAAUAUUGCUCAUAAUAAUUAUUUAAGUGUUCAACUUAAGUUUAAACACUUCAGAUUCUUGGGAAUGGACAAGCAACCUUCUAAUUUUACCAUCUUCAGUAAUAACAUGCCCAUCACCAAUCCAAAUGUUUCCUACGAUGCCUCAAAAAAGGUGGGUAUGAUGAGUGCAAUCUUUCUAUAUCUGGGAAAAGAAUUCUCCUUCAAUUGGAAUUUUUCAGUUGAUAACCUGGAGAAGUUCAAUUGCUUCCCUGAGGAUCCAAAUGUCUCUGAGGAGAGUUGCAAGAAUCGGGGGUGCCUUUGGCAGUUCACAAAUGAGACUGGUGUGCCUCUCUGCUACUAUGAUACCAUUCCUAAGUAUGCUGCCGCUAGCAUUCAGUACCUGCCCCAGGGCAUCACCACACAGCUUACCUACCUGAUGACCCCUGAAUCAGCAUCGGAGGCACCUCCAUCUCCACCACCACCACGGGCUGCGCCACGUCCACCCACAGCUGCAGCCUCUGGUCGUCUCUCUGAAGAGGUCCAAGUCCUCAAUGUGAAGGUCAUCUACCACACACAAAGCAUCCUGCAGUUCAAGAUCUAUGAUCCCAACAACAAAAGGUAUGAGGUUCCAGUGCCUCUGAACACCCCUUCCUCUCCAGUGGACUGCUCUAAAGACUGCCUAUACGAGGUCGAGAUUCAGAACAAUCCUUUUGGUAUCCAGAUCCGACGAAAAAGUUCCGGCACUGUGAUUUGGGACUCUCAGCUACCUGGCUUCACGUUCAAUGACAAGUUUCUUUCCAUUUCUACUCGUCUCCCCUCUCAGUACAUCUAUGGGUUGGGGGAAAAUGAGCACACAUCUUUUAAUAAAAACAUGAACUGGACCAUGUGGGGAAUGUUUGCUCGGGAUAAACCACCAGAGAACAGGACAAAUUCCUAUGGUGUGCACCCCUACUAUAUGGCUCUGGAGAAGGACGGCAGUGCCCACGGAGUGCUCCUGCUUAACAGCAACGCCAUGGAUGCUACCUUGCAGCCUACACCUGCCCUGACGUUCAGAACCACAGGAGGAAUUUUGGAUUUUUAUGUGUUUUUGGGGCCAACUCCUGAGUCUGUCACUCAACAAUACACUGAGUUGAUUGGUCGUCCUGCAAUGGUACCGUACUGGGCCCUGGGAUUCCAGCUGAGUCGCCACGGUUACCACGAUGCUUUGGAAAUCUCCUCUUUGUACAAGAAUAUGACGGCAUCCAAGAUUCCCUAUGAUGUCCAACAUGUAGACAUUGAUUACAUGGACCGGAAGCUGGACUUUACCAUAAGCCCCAACUUUCAAAACCUUGGCCAUAUAAUUGGCGACAUGAAGAAUGAUGGCAUGAGAUUUAUUAUCGUUCUGAACCCUGCCAUAUCUGGCAAUGAGACCCAGUAUCUCACAUUUACCAGAGGGAAGGAAAAUGAUGUAUUCAUCAAAUGGCCCGACAACAAUGAAAUUGUCUGGGGAAAGGCUUUGCCUGAUCUGCCCAAUGUGAAUGCGAAUGAAUCCCUGGAUCAUGAAAGUCAGGUUAAGAUGUACAAGGCCUACGUUGCUUUCCCUGACUUCUUGCAUGAUAGCACAGCUGCGUGGUGGAAGAAAGAAAUCCAUGAACUCUACACAAAUCCCCGAAAGCCAGAGAACAGCUUGAAGUUCGAUGGGCUACGAAUUGAUAUGAAUGAGCCAACAAACUUUGUGGAUGGUUCUAUCAGCAGUUGCAAGGAUGAAAUUCUCAACAAGCCACCCUAUAUGCCAUAUCUGGCAUCCAGGGAUAGGGGUCUGAACACUAAUACCCUGUGUAUGGAGAGUCAGCAGACCCUGCCAGAUGGCUCCCUGGUACAACACUACAACGUGCACAGCCUGUACGGGUGGUCCCAGACCAGACCCACGUUUGAAGCUGUGCAGGAGGUGACAGGACAGCGAGGGGUUGUCAUCACCCGCUCCACGUUCCCCUCUUCAGGCCGCUGGGGAGGAUAUUGGCUGGGAGACAACAUGUCCAAGUGGGACCAGCUGAAGAAAUCUAUCAUUGGGAUGAUGGAGUUUAGUCUCUUUGGAAUACCUUAUACAGGAGCAAAUAUCUGUGGGUUCUUAGGAGAUGCUGAAUAUGAGAUGUGUAUACGCUGGAUGCAACUGGGGGCCUUUUAUCCCUUUUCCAGGAACCACAACACCAUUGGGACAAGGAGACAAGAUCCCGUGGCUUGGGGCACAGACUUUGCGACAAUGUCCAGAGAGGUCCUCCAGACAAGAUACAAACUGCUGCCUUACUUGUAUACGCUGAUGCACAAAGCUCAUGUCGAGGGCAGCACUGUCGUACGGCCUCUUCUGCAUGAGUUUGUGAAUGAGACCGUCACGUGGAGUAUAGACGAGCAGUUCAUGUUGGGCCCAGCCAUCUUAAUCAGUCCGGUGCUACGAAGCAACACCUCUAUGAUCAAAGCUUACUUUCCCGCAUCUCGCUGGCUGGACUAUUACACGGAGACUCUCAUUGAAUCUGCUGGUGAGCACAAAGACCUAGAGGCUCCCCUUAACCGUAUAAAUACUCAUAUCAGAGCAGGCUACAUCCUGCCUUGGCAAGAGCCUGGACUAAACACUUACUUCAGCCGACAACAACACAUGGGGCUGAUUAUUGUUUUAAAUGAAAGUUUGAGAGCUGAAGGUGAGAUGUUCUGGGAUGAUGGACAAGGCAUCGAUACUUAUGAAAAAGGAAACUAUCUCUUGGCAAAAUUCUCAGUAGAUCAGUGUACAUUAAAAAUACAGAUGAUAUACAAUAAUUAUUUGAGCGCCUCAAAUCCACUGAAAUUUGGAUAUAUUACUAUCUGGGGUAUAGAGUCUACUUUAGUGACAGAGGUUUAUUUUACCUAUAACACCCAGCAAUCUGUAGCGACUAAUUUCCAAUGUGACCCAAACAGACAGAUUUCUAAAAUUGUCAGUUAA